AUGGAGAACGGAUCGUUGGCCGGAAACUUACUCACCGGAAAACUGGAUUGGGAGACAAGAUUCGAGAUCGCGAAAGGAACAGCCAAAGGGUUAGCUUAUUUACACGAAGAAUGCUUGGAGUGGGUUCUUCAUUGCGACGUGAAACCUCAUAAUAUACUCUUGGAUGCUAAUUGCAAUCCAAAGGUGGCGGAUUUUGGUCUUUCGAAGCUAUUGGAUAGAGAUCGAACUGACAUAUCGAACUUUCCAACAAUCCGAGGAACUCGAGGCUACAUGGCUCCAGAAUGGGUGUUUAAUCUUCCGAUCACUUCGAAAGUUGAUGUGUUUAGCUACGGGGUUGUGAUACUGGAGAUGAUAACCGGCCGGAGUCCAGGACGGCGAAGCCAUGAAAAUGGCGACACAGACCUUUCGGUGACUGAGUGGGUGAGAGAUAGGAUUCAAGAGUUUGAUGAAAGUGGAGGGGAAUUAUGGGUUGAGUUGAUCGUAGAUCCUUCGUUAGGUGGAAAAUAUGAUCGGAACACCAUGGAAAACCUGGUUAAAAUUGCACUGCAAUGCGCGGAGGAAGACAUGGAGGCGCGACCCUCGAUGAGUCACGUGGUUAAUAUGCUUCUACAUCCAGAAAAAUAUUUUAACUAG